CCCAUGGUCAGCGGAAUGUGGAAAACCUCUUGUGUUAUGCUGUAGUUUAUGUUCCAGAUCACCAAAUUUCAAAUAUCGAAGUGGCCAACUUCUUUAGUGCUCAUAUUUACGUCUUGUUUUAUUCAUCGGAUUAAAUUUGAAUUUUUAUAAUUUCAGGCCGUUUGUUUCAUCUCUACGCAGUUACUAAAUGUCGAAGAUCAAUUUUCAAGUGUAGUGAGAAGUGAUGUUUUGUGAAAGUUCAUGUGAUGGAUUCAAAGGGGUUUGAGACAUGGGAAAAGGAGCCAGCAAACUGAAGAAAAAAACCAGUAUUCAUAAUUUAUCUUGGACCAGAUUCGGUUCCCUUCCUCUUCGUUCCAGUAAGGCCCGCGCGAACAAGGAAAAUGAACUAUCCAAUAAGAAACACAAGGAUAUUUCGAAGUGGCUUCGAGAAAUGGAACUUGAGGAAUACCAGGAAAAGUUCCAGAAGUUUCAGGGAGUCGAGGAUUUGUUGGAAUUCUCUGAGCAGGAUAUCAAGGAGCUGGGAGUGAAGAAGUCCUCGCACAGGGCCAGGAUCAUCAGCAGUCUUACGUGUCUCCGUGCCAAAUAUCAUGAGAACGUAGUUCGAAAACCUCCAAUACGACAUAGCGUGGCUGUAGAUAGUAGAAAUAAAAUUGAACGAGAAGAUAUUUU